AUGUGGGGUUCAGGUGUAUCUUCAGCUCUUGACCUCUCUCGGCCUACCCUUUUGUGCACGGCUCAUCUCACCCUUUCCUCACAGCCACCCCUCCACCCCUCUCGCUCUGCUGCCCUUCCAUUUCACGCCACCGCCCGCCUGCCGUCUAGGCGCUCAUCCCUUGCGUCCCCACCACCAAGCCCCUCGCCGUCUCACUCAUGUCUUCACCCCCCUCAACCGAUCUCCACCCCUCCAGGUGGCCUUCCAAGCUCUCAUCCCCUGUUUCAUGAUGACCAAAGUCGCCUCUACUCUCUCCGUGCAGCCCCUCGCCGUCUCACUCAUGUCUUCACCCCCCUCAACCGAUCUCCACCCCUCCAGGUGGCCUUCCAAGCGCUCAUCCCGUGUUUCAUGAUGACCAAAGUCGCCUCUACUCUCUCCGUGCAGCCUCUCUCCUCGCUCGCUUUCCUGCCUCUCCUCGUGGUCUUUCAGCUCCUUCCCCGUCCACCCGCCUCAUCCCAUUCCGUGGUUGGGGGGACCAACCCUGGGUCCUCUGUGGAUAAGAGUAGCAGCUCUAGGCAAGCUAGCCUGCUCUCUUUCGCAUACCACCGCACCACCUCGCUCACUUCUGCACUGCUUGUAAACCCAUUCCACCCUUCCCCCCUCUCAGGUCCUCUGUGGAGUAGAAUCUUGUGUGGUAUUGUGUUAGGCAAGCUAGCCUGCACAAUCGCCUACCGCCGUCCCUCCUCGCUCUCCUCGCUCCCAUCCCCUCCUUCCGCCCGUCACAUCGCCUUCUCCGUCGCCCAGAGCCUCGGCCUCUCCCCCUCUGCUGCCGCCCUCCUCUCAGGCCUCCCCCCUCCGACACGGAACGGGGGAGAGGAGGGGGCGGCAGGCGGCGAGAAGGUGGUGCCUGGGCGGGGAGUUUUGUCUGCACCUGGGAUGGUUGGGGCGGCAGAGCGGGCGGCGGGGAGGAAAGAGUCGGUGGUGAUGGCGGCAUGUGCGUUUGGAAACUCGCUCACUCUGCCUCUUGUGUUUCUGGCAACGCUGCUGACUCGCGCUGAUGCUGACAGGGCUGCUGGGUACCUCGCACUCUUCAUGGUUGGGCACAUGCUCCCCCCUUCGCAUCCUCCCUUGUGUCCCCUCUUUCUCCCCCACCCUUCCCCCCGUCCACUCGUCCAGCAGAUCGACUGCCUUCUGGACCCUGGGAUACAGCAUGUUCAGAGGCCAUCGCCAAUGCUUCCCCUCCUUCCCUCCUUUCCCAUUGCUUUAAAUACCACUCCCUACCCCCCUCAACCCCUUGCAGCGGAUCGACUGCCUUCUGGACCCUAG